AAGUCCCGGCCGCAGCGGAGUUUAAUCCCAUCGAGUAUCUCUGCAAACACAUACGAUAUUCUGCCCUUGCUGCAAGCGCUGUUUCAGCUUUUCCCUGGCACCUGGCACCGGCCAAUUCUUCGAGACGACGCUUUGAUUCAUUCCCACCCUCGUUUAUAGAGCGCUUCCCGUCAGCUACUCGAUUGUGCGACGCCCGAUUCUCGGCUCCGCGCCGAUUAUGCUCAACAUGUCCAACAUCAUGAGCAACCGCAACAGCACGCCCGAGGCUGGCAGCGUCUCCUCGCUGCGGCCUCCCUCGUCGCGGGCGAUUGGCGCAACCACCCACGGUCUUCGUGCGUCUGCCGACAUGGCUGCCCUGACUGGACAGGCCGCCGCUGGCCGGAUCCGACCGUCUUCCGACUUCUACGGUCAGGUGCAGACGGGCGCUGGUCAGGGAAAUUCGGACAUGGAUGCUCAGGACAAGCUGGCCCAGCAGUGGAUCGCCGAUAUCGACCAGUACGAGACCACUCUCGAAGAGAUGGCUGCCGCCACUCUUGACCAGGACUUCAAGGAUGAGCUGAGCGCCAUCGAGCAGUGGUUCCGGGUUCUUAGCGAGGCUGAGCGGACGGCUGCCCUGUAUGCGCUGCUGCAGCAGACCACACAGGUCCAGAUUCGCUUCUUCAUUCAGGUUCUGCAGCAGAUGGGCAAGAACCACCCCAUGUCGGGCGUUCUGUCGCCCGCAAACUUUGACAAAGACCCCAUGUCAAAUCGGCUCAGCGAUGCAAUGAGCAAGCUGAAUGUGGACUCGGCUCGGAACUCGCUGGCUCGGCCGAACGCCGGUCCGAAUGUGAAGCGCCAGUCUGGCCUGGACUCGUCGACCAUCAACGCUAUGUUUCCCGACGCCGCGGCCGCGAUCGCGACCGAGAAGGCAAAGUUCACACAGCAGACAGGCAACCCGCCCACGUCGGCUAGGAACAGCUUGGUGGAUAACCGGAACUCUCUGGCGGCGCCGACGAUUUCUGCUCCCAAGGAUGACGCCAACGGGCAGAACCCGGUGUCGCCCUGGGGCCCCAACGACGCGUCCCGGCCCAAGUCCUCUUCCGGCGGCCAGGCGCCCAUGGGCCAGUUUGUGCAGCCGCCGCCGUCGGCCGGCGCCUUGCGGUCGCCUCGCCCCCAGCUUACGAGCAACUCGAAUAUCCAAUCGACCACGCUGACGACCGGGGAGCAGUCGCUUGCCGACCUGCCCCUUCUGUCGCCGUAUGGCGCGAGUGGCAACUGGGCCUCGAUGGUCAACACGCCGAUGGUGCCGACCUUCAACCAGCAGCAGACGAACAACGCCGACAUGGUGGCCAAUGCCACGGCAAUGAAGCUGGCGGCUCUCUCGACGGUCAACAACCGGUUCGCUCUGGACGAUGUGCGCAAGUAUCGGCGUGCUCGAUCUAACGACGCCGCCGGCCAGGCCCAGAACGCCCUGUCGCCCGGUGCGCCGGCCAUUCCGGGCGCGAUCAUGGUCAGCGAGCACGGAGUACCGCUCUCGCGGGAGCAGAUGAUGACUCUCCAGCAGCCCCAGAACCUCAGUUUCGCAGCCCACAGGUCCCGACCCAACUCGCCGGGCAUCGCGGUGCAGAACUAUGGUCCGGCGCUGGCCUUUACUUCGCCGCAGAACAACGGCUUUCUGAGCGCUUACGAUGGUGCGCCUUCCCUUAUGAACAAUGGACUGGCUCCGAUGAAUUUGGCCGCAUUUGGUUUGGGCGGCCAUCAUGAAGGGUACCACUCGGACCACUCAGAUAUGGUGCGAGGGCGUUCUCCGCGUGGCCGGAGAGGCACGUCCAAGCCGCCUGAGGAUCCGACAGACCCGACGCUGCUGCAGGACAUCCCGAGCUGGCUGCGGAGCCUGCGCCUGCACAAGUACACGGAGAAUCUCAAGGACAUGAAGUGGACGGAGCUCAUUGAGCUGGACGACAAGCAGCUCGAGGAGCGCGGCGUCAACGCGCUGGGUGCUCGACGCAAGAUGCUCAAGGUCUUUGAGCAGGUCAAGGAGGCCAAGAAGGAAGGAAAGCUGGGCUAGUGCCCUGCGUCCAUUUCCGGAACAACAGCGAGUAUACGGUGAAGCGUUACGGAGCAGAUAGAGGGACGGGGCGUAUAGCGUAUAGGCAAAGCGAGCGCCAUCGCA